AGAACUUAGGUCCAGGGAGACAGAGGAGAAAGUCUGUUUCGGUUGAUUUGGGUGUCCGAUUUGUAACUCAAGAGGGUUUCAAUGUUUCAGCCUCUAGUUAGUUAAUUGUUGUGUUGGAGUGCUACAAGCUGGUUGUGAGACCAUAUUUUUCUUUUCAAUGUUGAGCUUCAUGGAAACUGUUGCUUUGAGGUUUUGGAUGUUGAGGAUAAAUGUAAAGGUCAACUUUUGUAGUGUUGUGCUCGGGUAGUUUCCGAAAUUUCAGCGGGCAGGCAGAAAUGGAUUCAUGGCUUGUUGUGGCAGCUGCUGGAUAUUUUGCUAAAUUUUGGGAAAAUCUUACAACAGUUAGAAAUGGAUUUCCUGAGGUUUCUUCUGCAGAUUCUGGAAAUGGGAAGUUUGUAACCGGAAAGGAUCCGGUCCACAAAUUUCUGCAGGAAGAUGUUUCUCCAGAGAGAAGAAAGUUUUUGGAUAGAAAAAUUUCUGAUACUUAUGGACUAAAUGUGGCUUCAGCUGCUGAAGUGGAUUCGGCUGGUGGACUCAAUAGUGAAAAGAUAGAAAAAUUGGGAAAUCAUACGGAUUGCAAUGUGAUUUCUCCAUCGGGUUUAUCACUGGUAUCGUUGACAAAUGAAAACCUAAGAGAAGAUCAAUUUGGAAAAGGGCCAGUUGUUGAUAGUGAUAAUGAUUCUGCUAGACCUCUUAUCACUAGAAUGGACCCUUUUAACGAGUCUAUCCAGAAAAGAAGCUCUCUUAAAACUAAACAUUCAUGUGGGCGUUUACUUAAACCACUAAGCUCCUUAGAUAGUUGUCUCAUGGCUCAACUACAUAUGCAACAUGUUAAAAUGGAGGAGUAUGUACUUAGUUCUGUUUCGUUACCAGCCACUCAGAUCUUGAGACCAUUGCUGAUAACUGAUGGAAGCCGAAUAAUCAACAGAGCUAGUGGUGAUUUUUCUAAUGAAUCAAAUAGAACCGGGGACAAUAAGCUGCAUGGUCAAGCCACCUUUGAAAAGAACAGAUAUGUUUAUGCAAUUCCUCCAUUGCCAAAACUUGGUUCUUCAGAUCUCCCCGAGAAGUUGAAACUCGAGAGCGAAAGUGCAUGUGAUGGAAGUCCAAGCGUUUCUCCCAAAAUUGAUUCCGAAAAGCAGUUUCAUCCACACUGGGGUCGUCAUAAUCGAGAGGUUCUAUUUUGUCUCGGGAUUUCUAUUGGAAUAAUAUGUUGUUAUAUAGGAAAUAGGUGGGAAGUCGAGAAAUUGAGAGGAUUGUUAAAGCAGACUGAGGACCUGGUUCAAGAUCUUCAAGAGGAACUCGAAAUGAAAGAUUCUUUGACAGUAAAGGAGCUAAUCAAUGAGAAUUACCAAUCACGAGAAACACAUGACGAUUCCUUUUCCGACAGGGAAUCGAAUACAAAUGAUUUAACAAGAUUUGAUGGUAAUGAAUCAUUUCAUCGAAAGGCAGAGGGAAGUUUGGAGUCUAUGAGUGAAAUCGAAGCUGAACUCAAAGCUGAACUCGAGAGGUUGGGUCUAAACAUGAAUGUCCCAAAUCCCGAGCUCAGGCUGCCCGAUCUUAUUGAGAUUGACCCAGAUUUUGCCCAAGGUGAAUUGAGAUCUGAUAUGGUCACCGGACAGGCUCUUGUCCAAUCUAUGUCUAAUGAAGUUAGAAGCGGCACCUCAACUACUCAUUCUGCAAAUUAUGCAGUUUCGCCCCGAGAAUUGAGCUUGCGAUUGCAUGAAGUGAUUCAGUCAAGGCUUGAAGAACGAGUACAAGAGCUCGAGACAGGCCUCGAGAACAGCCAGAGGAAGGUGAAACUAAUGGAAUCAGAGCAUAAGAAUCCUGAAAAAUGGAAAUAUUCGACAACCCUGGAGAGUACACCAAUAAAUGAAGAUCCCCAUUGCACAUCGAAACCUCGAGUCUCAAAAUUAUCAUGGGAAACUCCGGAUCAUGCAUGUGAAGAGGAAAAAGAAGAGGGCGCACGAUUACGUAUUUAUCGAAAUAAUCAUCAAGGAAACUUGGUUUGUGGUGAUCGAUACGAUGCAAACAAAUCAGACGAAACAUUUUAUGAUCAGGUAAGAACAUCAGAGUAUCAAUAUUCAAAGGACCAGGAAUUACAUGAUGUGAAUGUAAGUGAAGGUGAAUGUAGUGAUAAUGAUGAUGAAAUGGAGAAGCUAUUGAUACAGAAAAUUGUGGAGAAAACCAAGAAAGGAUCUCCUGUAUUGCUAAAUGCACAAAGAAUAUUGUUUACCAUGGAUGAAAUUUAACGUUUGAGAAUCUAAUCGAAAUCGAGACUAGAUUUUUUGC